AUGACAGAUGGAGGGCUAAAGGUAUACUUCACUCCAGUACCUCCAGUACCUCCAAUACCUCCAGUACCUCCAAUACCUCCAGUACCUCCAGUACCUCCAAUACCUCCAGUACCUCCAAUACCUCCAGUACCUCCAAUACCUCCAAUACCUCCAGUAACUCCAAUACCUCCAGUACCUCCAGUACCUCCAAUACCUCCAGAACCCCUAUACCUCCAGUACCUCCAAUAUCUCCAAUAUCUCCAAUACCUCCAGUACCUCCAAUACCUCCAGUACCCCCAGUACCUCCAGUACCUCCAAUACCUCCAAUACCUCCAGUACCUCCAAUACCUCCAGUACCUCCAAUACCUCCAGUACCUCCAAUACCUCCAAUACCUCCAAUACCUCCAGUACCUCCAAUACCUCCAGUACCUCCAAUACCUCCAGUACCUCCAGUACCUCCAGUACCUCCAAUACCUCCAGUACCUCCAAUACCUCCAGUACCUCCAGUACCCUCCAAUACCUCCAGUACCUCCAGUACCUCCAAUACCUCCAGUACCCCCAAUACCUCCAGUACCUCCAGUAACUCCGGUACCUCCAGUACCUCCAGUACCUCCAAUACCUCCAGUACCUCCAAUACCUCCAGUACCUCCAGUACCUCGCAUCGUCACGUCCAUAGAUACACCAUUUGGCACUUAUGGCGACUGUUCCAGCAAAACAAUCAAGCUAUAG